AUGAAUACACAAAUUUCAAUCACUACAGAUACUGCUCCACGGCUACUCUCAGCAGCUUUUAACCAAGAUCAAGGAUGUUUUACCAUCUCUUACGAAAAUGGUUUCCGUGUCUAUAAUACAGAUCCAAUGGAACUUAAUGUUAAACGUGAAUGGGACUUAAGACCAGCAACAGCAACAGCAACAACAGCCACAUCUACUUCUACAUCUACAUCUAUUAACAACAAAACUACUAAUACUACUACUACAUCUAACAAUACAACAUCUUCCCCCCCUGAAAAUCAUUCUCGAGAAGCUGGAGGUGGAAUUGGUCUAGCCCAAAUGCUCCAUCGAACAAAUUACUUAGCUUUAGUCGGUGGAGGCCGUAACCCCAAAUUCCCCCAAAACAAAGUAGUCAUCUGGGACGACCUUAAACGAAGACCUGCUCUCUCUCUUGAAUUCUUAUCACCAGUCUUAAAUGUCCUUCUCUCUCGUACACACAUUGUUGUAGUACUUACUGCAAAAGUCCACGUGUUUGCCUUCUCUUCCCCACCAGUCCGUAUCGCCUCAUAUGAAACUGCUGAUAACCCCCAUGGAGUCGCAGUUCUUGCUAAUAAUGUCCUCGCAUUCCCUUCAAGACUCGACGGCCAAAUCCAGAUCGUUAACCUUGACUCGCAUUCUUCUUCUUCUUCUUCUUCUUCUUCUACUACUACUAAUGAUCGCUCCCGUUCUCCUUCAUCUCGCUCAGUCUCUCCAGGUAUAUCACCACCACCACCUCCUCCUCCUCCACAAUAUGGUAGUAACCUCGUAACUAUAAUACGCGCUCAUAAGGGUCCCAUACGUUGCUUGGCUCUCAACUCUUCCGGAUCAGUCAUUGCAAGUGCAAGUGAAAUGGGUACAAUCAUUCGCCUCCAUUCAACCCGCAAUACCGCUCUUCUUCAUGAAUACCGCCGUGGUCUUGACAGAGCUAUCAUCUACUCCAUGGCCUUCUCUCCAGGAUUAGGUCCUGGAGCCCCACUACGUCUUGCAGUACUCUCAGACAAAAAUACCCUCCAUGUGUUUGAUGCUACAAACGUGGUUGGUGGGGCCGUCGUGGCUUCACAAGCUGCAACAGCAAUCAUCUCUCAAAAUAAUAAUAAUAAUAAUAAUACAAUCUCUUCAAGCUCGCUUUCAUCGUCUCCAUCUUCAUCCUCCAUUAUUUCCAACAGCCCAAGAACUCAACCUGCUGGUCUCAUUAACGCUUCUUCUUCUGCAUCUAAUUCAUCAUCUCCUCAAUCGAAUAAUAAUACCAAUACUAAUAAUCUUGUCGGAUCCUUUUUCUCAGCUGCAGCUGCAGCUGCUUCUUCGGCAGUCUCAACUAACCGUCGCCAUCUUCUCGGUAAACUUCCCCUAAUGCCUCGCUACUUUUACUCAGAAUGGAGUUUUGUCUCUGCACGUGUUGAAGGCCAAGCUGGAGUCCUUGGCUGGCCCUCGGACGAUGCUGUAGUCAUCAUUUGGACAGACUCAUGUAAAUGGGAAAAAUACGUUGUUGUUGAAAAAGAACCCCCUGCAAGUUCAAACAACAAUAACAACAACAAUAAUAAUAAUAAUAAUAAUAAUAAUAAUACAAACGACACCCCCCAUGAAAAUCAAUUUGAGCUUUUACGUGAAGCAUGGCGUGGCUUUGAAGGCAUUUCUCAUGACUAG